UUUUGGUGUCCUGAUCGCUUGCUCUUCUUCCCCUCCUUGGGCCAUCGUAGGUGGCUGGUAGGUCGUCGCCAGCCGCUGCGGCAGCAGCGACCGGCCGAGGCAGCCUGGCAGCAGCAGCCAGGGACUACCCGGGUGCACAAACCUUCCCAGCCCUGUCUGCACCACCGGCGGAGUCUCCAUUCUUUCCUAUCGCGUCUCUGGCUCCUUCGCUUUCCACACUGGCCUCCGUCCGGCGAUGGUUUGGGGUUUAUUGCAAGGGGAGCGGCAGAAAUUUCGGCCCCAGGCGUCUAGUUAAAUUAUUGUUUUAUUAUUAUUACUAUAAUCAUCAUCAUCAUCAUUAUUAUUGCUGUAACAAUCAUUUAGACUAAAUAAAGCCAGGGCCCAGCCAGCCAACCCCCUCCAACGUUUUUAUUUCAUUCUCUUCUCUAUUAAUAACAACCACAACUAAUGCCUGUUAAUUAAUUCCCCCUUCAGCCAGGGCUGCUCGGAAGCUAAUUUUGGUUAAAUCAGCAGAGGCUAAUGGUAAUAAUAAUAAAGGGAUUGGGUCAGCCUGGUCAAUUGAACUCUGGUUCUCCCUUGAAGGACCUGCUGCUUUGCAGACCCAUGUGUAUUUCCAGAAACCAAUCGGAACUCAGGGUUACACUGAUUCCUUUUUGAGUAUAAAUCUGUGCCAUGAAGAAGGGGAUUUAUGUGAGGGAGGGACUUUCUUCACCUGCACUUCUUUUAUUUUGUUUUCCUAUGUUUAGUUUUAUUUGGAGUUGACCAGCUAGGCUGAAUGAGAUUAAAGUUUUCCAAACACACAUGGCAGUAUGGAGGUUUUAUGAAAAGUGGUGGUGAAGAGUUGGGAGAGAGAGAGGAAAAAAAAAUGUAGUCAGAAGUUUCAGAACAAAUACACAAAAUCCUAUGUUAGUUUGAAUCUUUAUUUUUCUGGCACACUUUUAAAAGGCUGUAUUAAAAUAGUUAUUAUUAUUAUUAUUAUUAUUUGCCUCAGGGAACCUCAGUCAACAGGAAUACCUCUGUUUCUAACCCAGAGAAUAAUAUUGUUAAAAUUGCUUUGUUGAUUAUUUUUCUCGGGAAUAACUUUCUCUUUUGGAAAGCACUUUCCCUGUCUCAGUAGAAAAGUCUAGCAGUUGUAACUUCUUGUUUCUUAUUUUCUUUGGGGGAAAUCAAAGAAAACAGACUGUGAAGGAAAGGGUGGGAAAAAUUAAGUCUCAUGAAAAAAAAAAAAAGAGAGGUCCAGGGAGAGACCUGGGCCAAAUGGUCACAGCACCAACUGGCAUGGCCCAGGAAAUUGAAACAAUCCUGCUCCAUUUGGGGGCCCCACAGGGCCAUUGGCUGCCCAAUCCCAGGUUUGGCUGAGCAAAGACAGGAGCUGGAGGUGGUGGUACCUGCAGCAGGGCCAUGGACAGAUGAGUCUCAGUUCAGCUGACUCUUGAGGUUAAAAAUCCUCGGGAGGUAUCUAGGUCAGGCUGUUGUUGUCUUCCUGGUGGGGGAGUGGUGGGAAGUGGAGAGGACACCUCACAAGAGAAGCUUCUCUGACGAACUUGCUUCUCCUGCAUGUCUUUUCAGAAGAUCCUUUGGUUUCCCUUCAGGCUAGACUUUGCUUGGGCAAGAGACCUAAACCGACUUGGAAGGAGGCAAAGGCUGGAAGCACAGAAGCCUCUGGGCUCAGAGGAGGGUGUUGAUGAUGCUUUUAUUUUGGAGUCUCCUAGUGUCCCCUCCCUUGAGCCAUCCUAUCCCAGAGUUGGGGAGGAGAGAGAGGGAGAGAGGAACUAGGGGAGGUGAGGGGUUAGUGCACAGGCAGGAGAGAAGCAAUGGCCUUUGCCAUAGAUUCUACAUCUAGGCAGUCUUGAAAGGCAUAUAGUAUUUAUUUGUUUAUUUUUUUAGUGGAAAUGAAAACUGGUGGGCUUUUUUUCCUCGGCAUCUGCUUUGGAGAUGUUGGGGAGGGGAGAAGAAAAAACCCUAUUGAUGUCAGUUCCCUUUUCAGUUCCUAAGAUGGAUUCGAGCCCCAGUCCUCUUCUCCGCCUUGUGUCUCUUCUCUCGCCCCGCAGGUCAGCCUCUUGGAACAGACCCUGGAGGAGGGGGGCAGAGAGGGGAGGGGGUUGGGGGGGGUCCGGCGUGUCACGUGACCCCCAGGGUUGCCAAUGUCCGGUCCUGAGGGUAUCAGGCCUUUCCAAGUUGCCACCCACUGCCCAGGCCUCACCCAGCGAUGCAGAAAGCCACCUACUACGACAACGCUGCGGCUGCUCUCUUCGGAGGCUAUUCCUCGUACCCUGGCAGCAAUGGCUUCGGCUUCGACGGCCCCCCCCAACCCCCAUUUCAGGCCGCCACGCACCUGGAGGGCGACUACCAGCGCUCAGCAUGCUCGCUGCAGUCCCUGGGCAACGGUGCCCCACAUGCCAAGAGCAAGGAGCUCAACGGCAGCUGCAUGAGGCCGGGUCUGGCCCCCGAGCCCCUGCCCGCUCCGCCCGGCUCACCCCCGCCCAGCGCCGCACCUACCAGUGCCACUAGCAACAGCAGUAAUGGGGGCGGGCCCAGCAAAAGUGGUCCCCCAAAGUGCGGUCCCGGCACCAACUCCACCCUCACCAAACAGAUAUUCCCCUGGAUGAAAGAGUCGAGGCAAACGUCCAAGCUGAAAAACAGCUCCCCCGGCACAGCAGAGGGCUGUGGUGGUGGCGGCGGCGGCGGUGGCGGUGGCGGCGGCAGUGGUGGCAGCGGGGGCGGUGGCGGCGGCGGCGGCGGGGGAGGGGACAAGAGCCCCCCGGGGUCGGCGGCGUCCAAGCGGGCGCGGACGGCAUACACGAGCGCGCAGCUGGUGGAGCUGGAGAAGGAGUUCCAUUUUAACCGCUACCUGUGCCGGCCUCGCCGUGUGGAGAUGGCCAACCUGCUGAACCUCAGCGAGCGGCAGAUCAAGAUCUGGUUCCAGAACCGGCGCAUGAAGUACAAGAAGGACCAGAAGGCCAAGGGACUGGCCUCGUCGUCAGGGGGCCCAUCUCCAGCUGGCAGUCCCCCGCAGCCCAUGCAGUCCACGGCCGGCUUCAUGAACGCCUUACACUCCAUGACCCCCAGCUACGAGAGCCCGUCCCCACCCGCCUUCGGUAAAGCCCACCAGAAUGCCUACGCGCUGCCCUCCAACUACCAGCCCCCUCUCAAAGGCUGCGGCGCCCCGCAGAAGUACCCUCCGACCCCGGCGCCCGAGUAUGAGCCGCACGUCCUCCAAGCCAACGGGGGCGCCUACGGGACGCCCACCAUGCAGGGCAGUCCGGUGUAUGUGGGCGGGGGCGGCUACGCGGAUCCACUGCCGCCCCCUGCCGGCCCCUCCCUCUAUGGCCUCAACCACCUUUCCCAUCAUCCUUCCGGGAACCUGGACUACAACGGGGCGCCCCCUAUGGCGCCCAGCCAGCACCACGGACCCUGCGACCCCCACCCCACCUACACAGACCUCUCCUCUCACCACGCGCCUCCUCCUCAGGGUAGAAUCCAAGAAGCGCCCAAAUUAACACACCUGUGAUGGGAAAAGGCGGACGAGGGUUAGGAGAUGGGGAGGAAGAGGGAGACUGUGGAGCUCUGGGGGGCAGUUUGGAGGUCUGAAAGAGGGACCAGGGAGGUGGUAGCUAGGCUUCCUGGUCAGAACGGGCCUGGAGCUCCUUCCCCUCCCCCUGGCCUGAGAGAUUGCUUUUAAGUCCACCCCUUGUUCCAUCUGCCUGCCAACCCAUCGGAAAGGAAUCCACAGCAGAUUGGAGAUGACCCCGUCAACCCCAGGGCUCCAGCACUACCAAGCUGGAAUUCCACGCCCUGGAGUGGGGUAGAGGAAGACAAGAUAGGAUGAGGCAGAGAAGCACAUUUUACAAACCAGACGAGAUGGCUAGGCCAUCACCAACCAACGGACUUACCUUACAUCUUUGUAGGUAAUUCCCCCCAAAUCUUGAUUUUUUUCAGUUAUCCUUUAAAAAACAAGAAAACACAUUUCAAACCCAAAGGGCACAAAGCACGUUCCCUUCCAACUUUCCCAAAACCUCAAAUUUGUUUCCAUUUAUUUGAAGUUUAUUGAGGUAUCUACCCCCUCCAUUUCUAGCCCCAGGUUUUUCUGCUCUAGGACAUUGAUAUCUAUACAUCCCACCCCCAUCAAUUACAAUUUUUAGAGGGCUCAGGGAUGGUGAAAGAUCCUGAAAGAGCUGCCUAUAUUAUAAAUUAUAUAUUUUUUUCUUUUAAGGAAAAGUGUGUAGGCUAGGGCAGGCAGGUUGUUAGGACUGAAGGUUUGCCCAUUCUGCUGCCUCCAUCUCAGCUCCAGCUCCAUCCCCCUCUCUCCACAGAAAGCAGUUGGUGACACGAGGUUCUAUACUUUUCUUUUCUUCUGUUGCUCUCUUGACUUAACGUGAAAACAGGGUAUAUUUGAACAAACUGUCUGUCCCAGGCAGGGGCUGGGCAGGGCCUGCGUGCCUUGCUCAGCCUCCUGACAGGACACUUUUGUUGCACUUAGAGUUUACAUUUUAAUGGAUGUAAAAACAACUGUGAGAGAUGUCUGGGCCUGCAGAAGUCCAGCAUUGCUCAAAAAAGCGUGUGUUCUAGUGAACAUUUUCAUAUAUAUUUAUUGGUUAUAGCCUGUUAAAAUAUUUUCUUUUUUGUAUUAUUUAUCCCCCUACAUUAUGUAUUUAUAUGAGGGAAAAAAAAGGAAAAAAUUGUACUUUUUUAGUAUUUACUUGUUAUAAAGGACAUUGUGUUUCCUGUCAUGUAAAACCAGCUAUUUUAGUUACUAUUGUACUCUAGAAAAGAGCUGUAGAUUUAUGUUAAACUCGUACUUAUGAGCAAUUGUAAUUAGUUCUAAAAGGCAUGAACUCAGCUCCUGAUUGUCACUGUAUAGUCCUGAAUUUGUAGAACUAGAGUUAAUUCCCUCUUGGAACUUUCUUUGUUCUUCAGUAGUUACUUUUUUCCUUACCUAAAAGGGUUGUCUGUCAAACAAUUCUUGAAUAAACUUUCUGUUAUCAAUUUUA